GAGGUUCUCAGAAGAAUCGGUCCCUCCUACCCCUUCGCUCCCUCUUGCGUUCGUGUGCUCGGCCGACUAUUGCUCGCUGUCUCACUGUUCCCCGAGGCCGCGCAACGCUUCAGUCAUCCUGCCUUGCCAGGCUAGUCCCGCGCACUCGUAACUGUAAAAGAAGCCACGAUGCGGGCCAGUUGGUUGUGGGGCGCGGCGGUCAUCGUCUUGCUGGGAGUGGUCGUCCGUCUCCCGUCCUCCACAGCCUACGUCACCUCCUUCCCCGAUGAGCCAGACAUCGAUGGGAUAUUGACGACGGUGGGGAUUGCGGUGGCCAAGUUCCUAGCGGGACAGGUGCCAUACCCGUCCGUGUCCGCCCUGCUGCUGGCCAUCAUCCACGCCUGGGAGCCCAAGCCCGAGGACAAUUACUGGGAACACGUCAAGGACAACGUGGAGCAGGUGUGCGGGGAGUUUAUCAACGAGCAGAACUUGAAGCAGGUGGAGGUGUACAAGAAGGACCUGGUGAGCCUCCUGCAGAAGUAUGAGCGCGCCGAGGUGACCAGUGACGGCACCUAUCCUGACAAGAACACUGUUGCCGAUGCCAUCACCACCUCCAUCAUUACCAACCGCUUCCUGGUGGAGGCUGCCCUCAUGCCCUGGUCCAUGACCAUCCACUUCACGGACAUCGCCAGCGUACACAUCCUCAUUCUUAAGGACGCCGCAGACUCGUACACUGUGGAGGGCGGGGAUGUGUCGCGGUGGUGGGUGGACCUGGCGAAUCAGCUGAAACAUUACAUCGAGUACGGCGUGUAUCUGGAGAAGGAGACCAUGAAGUGGAGGAACACCCAGAUCGACUGCUUCUUCGAUAAGGCUGACGGAGGGUGCCUGGCCUUCGAGUGGAUGGGCCUCACUUGCUACGAUAAGUAUGUGAUCACUGACUACGUCCGGAAGUACACCGAGAGCUGCCUGCAACUGCAUCCGGACAGCGGCGCGGAGGGGUCAUGCAAAGCCUUCUGUGACCUGUACCAGAUUCAGGUGAACCGCGACGACGCCCGCUGGAUCCAUGAUUACCUGGGCAGCGUGGUGGGGGAGUGGGAGGCCCUCAAGCUGCGCGCUGACAGCAUGGCACAGCACGUCUCCAAGUACUACAACCCGUUCACGAAGGACAUGUGAGCGCCACGAGCCAAUAAUACCCGCACCAGGCCACCGAUGUCCACUAAGUAAGUUUCUGUGGGUGAUUAAAUGAUAAUAAAGUUUU